CCUUUCCCUCGCUGAACGGAAGAUGGUGUAGCUUGCCUCUGCGCAAGCCAGUGGAGGCCAAUCCAUCAUGUCUGUUUUCAAGUCCUUCACUUCAAACUCCACCGCUCUCAAGUCGAGGGAAGCCACCAUGGCCAUCUUUAUGAAAUCUUCAGCUCACAGGGUUUUCUCCCGAACAUCCUAUGCAAUCUCCAGGAAAACCAAUUCUAUUGGCUUGUUGUAUUCAAACGGAAUCUCAUCAGUUAAAGUAACUUCUUUCCCAAACAUGUCAAACUACUGUACUCAUUCAGCAGACCCAGUAUGUUCUUCAAAGCGAAGAGCUCGGGGACCUGUUAUGGCAGGAAAGAAAGCUGCUGAAGGGGCUAAGCAAGAAGACGGUAAAUACAAGCACACUGUUGAUCUUCCAAAGACAGCAUUCGGUAUGAGGGCAAAUUCUUCAAUUAGGGAGCCGGAAAUUCAGAAAAUAUGGGAGGAUAAUCAAGUCUUUAAAAGAGCUGUUGACAAAAAUAAUGGGGAGAGUUUCAUUCUUCAUGAUGGCCCUCCAUAUGCCAAUGGUGACCUCCAUAUUGGCCAUGCGUUGAACAAAAUUUUGAAGGAUAUUAUAAAUCGUUACAAGAUUCUCCAGAAUUAUAAAGUUCAUUUUGUGCCUGGAUGGGAUUGUCAUGGCCUGCCUAUUGAAUUAAAAGUUUUGCAGUCACUGGAUAAGGAGGCUAGAAGUAACCUCACACCAUUGAAGUUGAGAGCUAAGGCUGCUAAAUUUGCAAAGGACACUGUUAAAAAUCAGAUGUCAUCUUUUAAGCGCUAUGGAGUUUGGGCAGACUGGAAUAGUCCUUAUCUUACUCUAGAUCCAGAAUAUGAAGCUGCCCAGAUCGAAGUAUUUGGCCAAAUGGCUUUGAAAGGCUAUAUCUACAGAGGCAGAAAACCCGUUCACUGGAGCCCAUCAUCAAGGACAGCACUUGCUGAGGCUGAGUUGGAGUAUCCCGAAGGUCAUGUUUCAAGAAGUAUAUAUGCCAUAUUCAGAUUAGCGAAUGCUCCUCUCACAGGAGGUGCUCUACUGCAAGAAUUUCCAAAUUUGUACUUGGCCAUAUGGACCACAACUCCCUGGACUGUUCCUGCCAAUGGCGCUGUUGCGGUAAAUCCCACACUUGAAUAUGCUGUUGUUGAAGUGGAACCAUUACCUGAAGAAGUCUCACUUGGUGGAGGAGCCAAGAAAAGAAGGCUUGGAAAUGUGUUAAAGGAGGAGGAGAAACCUUUCCUUAUUGUAGCAUCAGAUCUUGUGCCAAAGUUGGAGGCAAAAUGGGGUGUAAAGCUUGCUGUUAGGAGAAGACUCUUGGGUUCAGACCUGGAAAAUGGCAGGUAUAACCAUCCAAUAGAUAAUAAGGAAUGUCCAGUUGUGAUUGGAGGAGAUUAUAUUACAACAGAAACUGGAACAGGACUGGUCCAUACGGCUCCAGGGCAUGGUCAGGAAGACUAUGUGACUGGCCAGAAGUAUGGAUUACCAAUAUUUUCUCCAGUAGAUGAUGAAGGAAAGUUCACUGAAGAAGCUGGGCAAUUUAGUGGACUUGAUGUUCUUGGGGAAGGUAACGCUGCUAUUGUGAAAUACUUGGAUGAACAUCUGUCACUUGUCAUGGAAGAAUCAUAUGAGCACAAGUAUCCCUAUGACUGGAGAACAAAGAAACCAACCAUAUUUAGAGCAACAGAGCAAUGGUUUGCAUCAGUUGAGGGAUUUCGCCAUGAUGCCAUGAGUGCUAUUGGCCAUGUAAAAUGGUUUCCUCCUCAGGCAGAAAACAGAAUCUCAGCAAUGACUUCCGGCCGUAGUGACUGGUGUAUAUCACGACAAAGGACAUGGGGAGUUCCCAUUCCAGUUUUUUAUCAUUUGCAGUCUAGAGAACCCCUUAUGAAUGAAGAAACUAUUGAGCAUAUAAGAUCUAUUGUAGCCCAGAAGGGCAGUGAUGCAUGGUGGUAUAUGACAGUAGAAGAUCUUCUUCCAGCUAAGUACCGUGAUAAAGCUGCAGAAUAUGAAAAGGGAACUGACACAAUGGAUGUGUGGUUUGAUUCAGGUUCCUCCUGGGCUGCGGUCCUGGGAAAAAGAAGUGGCUUAAGUCUUCCAGCAGACAUAUAUCUUGAAGGAACAGAUCAGCAUAGGGGCUGGUUUCAGAGUUCAUUGCUGACAAGUGUAGCUACAAGAGGGAAGGCUCCAUAUUCAAGUGUUGUGACACAUGGAUUUGUAUUGGAUGAGAAGGGUUUAAAGAUGAGCAAGUCUUUGGGUAAUGUUGUGGAUCCACGAACUGUUAUUGAAGGAGGCAAAAAUCAGAAGGAAACACCUGCCUAUGGAGCUGAUGUCCUCCGACUUUGGGUUUCUAGUGUAGAUUAUACUGGUGACGUGAUGAUUGGCCCUCAGAUUCUCCGUCAAAUGUCUGAGAUAUACAGGAAAUUGCGAGGAACUUUGAGAUACCUUUUGGCAAAUCUUCAUGAUUGGAAUGAAGAUUAUGCUGUUCCAUACCAUGAACUUCCCAGGAUUGAUCAGCAUGCGCUAUUCCAGCUUGAAAAUGUUGUAAAUAACAUUCAAGGGAAUUAUGAAAGUUACCAAUUUUUCAAAAUAUUUCAGAUUUUACAGAGGUUUGUCAUUGUUGACUUGUCAAAUUUCUAUUUUGAUGUUGCCAAAGACCGACUUUACGUCGGUGGAUCAACAAGUUAUACUAGGAGAAGUUGCCAAACAGUUCUUGCAGCUCAUCUGCUUUCCAUUGUGAGAGUAAUAGCACCAAUAUUGCCCCAUUUAGCUGAGGAUGUAUGGCAGAACCUUCCUUUUCGGUAUACAACUGAACAUGGCUCUGUUGCUGAGUAUGUAUUUGAAUCAAGAUGGCCCUCCUCGAAUGAGAGAUGGCUUACCCUUCCUGCUGAAGAAAUUGGUUUCUGGGAGAAGAUUCUUGAGCUGAGGACAGAGGUGAAUAGAGUCUUGGAGAUUGCACGAACUGGCAAGCUCAUUGGAGCCAGCUUAGAUGCAAAGGUUCAUAUUUAUACUGCUGAUGCCAGCCUGGCAUCCCAGUUAUCUGAACUAUGUACCACAAAAAAUGAUGCCGAUGCUCUGCAUCGUCUACUCAUAACAUCUCAGGUUGAGAUUCUUCCAUUGUUGGAGGAUCAACUGAUUGCAAAUAUCCCAUAUAGCGGUGAGUGCCUGAUUCAAGGGAAUACUAAAGUGUGGGUUGGAGUAUCUCGUGCUGAGGGUUCUAAGUGUGAAAGAUGCUGGAAUUAUUCACCUCUUGUUGGCUCCUUUUCCGACCACCAAACCCUCUGUGGCCGCUGCCAUAACGUCAUCGCCGAUCAGCUGCCCCGAGAAGUAUUUGCAGUUAGCUGACAUCUCCAAAGAAACAAAAAUUAUUUAAUUUCUUUAAUCAUUAGUGACGCUGAUAUUCCCCUUUUUCUUAACACAUCAGCUAUUUAUCCCGUCAAUACAAAGCACCUCUAUUGGAACAAUAUUUUGAACUAGAGGUUUUGUUUUAAAAGUGUCAAGAUAUUUAUUAUCACAGUAUUAUCAUCGGGAAAAAAAAAAGAGUAGAUUAUUUUAA